GGGAUCGAAGUUCUGAUUACCAUGCUUUGCUCAGAAGCUAGAUUCUAUUCUAAGAUAGACUGAGGACAUUUGCCUUGCUACCUAUUAUGUAUAUAUACUUACGAAAUUUUAUUAGUGUAUAUUUACGGUCAAGCUGAAACUCUCUCAUUAUGUUUCGGGUUUUUCAAUUCUGUGAAACUUGUACGAGACUUUGGAAUGGUGCAAAUAUGAUGUCAGUUCGACUUGCCUCUGGUGACGUUCCCCGUUCAUUCCGUGUUGCUGUGCUGAGCAAUGGCGGUAAAGGAACAAGUAAAAGUCUAGCUGUUAUCGCUGAUAGACAAUCAAAAUUCUCCAAAUAUGCAGACAGAUUUCUCAUUAAUUACAGUGAUUCAGCUCAAAGAAAUUGGCAAAAACUAUGUACAGGUUUCGUAAAAGGACAUAUGGAUUUACAUGUCCUAACAACAAACAAUUCAUGUGAAAACACAGGUGGAAUAUGCAUGCUAGCAACAGAUUAUAAUUGGAAAAAUUAUCCAUGUCAUGAUGGCAGAACUCCAUUGACUGUGUAUUCCCCACCAGGAUUAGUGGACAUAUUUAAGCAUAGAACUGAAAUUGUGAGGGGCAUGAUGAAUGGACAUAUAAGAUUUACAAAUUCUGUACAGAUUGACAACACCAUGUGUAAAGUUCGCAACAUUGUCCUAAAGAAAUCUGGCGAUAAAAAGGAGUAUUCCCCCACUGAUGUUUACUCUUAUGUAUUUGAGAUGCCGGCUUAUGAUGAGACCAAUCUUCGUGUACAUAACAAUGCAGUGAAGCAAGAUGGAGAAGAUAACAGGUGUGAUGAUGUGAGUGAAGAUCAUGCUGUAUCUGAUAUACAGGCUGGCGACAGACUUAGGAGAGAUGCCAUUCUUGUGAUUGAUUGUCCGAGUGAAGACUAUUUGACAAGUGUAAUAAAGAACCGCCAAUUUCAAAAGUACCAGAGGGGUGGCAGUGUACAAGCCUGUAUGGUGGUCCAUAUGUCCACCAGUCACAUUCUGAAUAGCAGAAGAUAUCGCCAGUUCAUGAAGAGAUUUGGGGAAGAGACACAGCACCUUCUCCUGCAUGAAAAAUGUCAGACCAAUGUUUCUCCACUUGUAUACAAUUUAAACAAAGUGUUCAGCCAUUUAAAUAAAGAUAUUUUUCCUAAAUUGGAGAAAGUCCCGGAUCCAGAUUUAUCUCCGAAGGUGGUAAAUGCAGCUAACUACAUGGAAUUUUUCUACUCUCCGGGAAAUGCACAUUUAAGGAUGAAUGAAGAGAUGCAGAAGUAUGAAUGGGGAGAUGAGAAACUGGAAUCUGUACCAGAUCUUGAUGCCAAAUUACAAUAUAUAAAUAAAAUGUCUCGCAUAGCAAAAACUGAUCCCCGGGCUUAUCCACAGGUCAUCUUUCUUGGAACUGGUGGUGCCAGCAUUACUAAAAAUCGAAAUCAGCCUUGCAUUGUUGUAAAAGUCAGCGAGGAGACCUCAUUUAUAAUGGACUGUGGUGGGGGCUCCUAUGACCAGAUGGCUCACUUUUUUAAUAAAGAUCUCGAAACGGAGCUGGCUAAAGUGAAAAUGAUCUUCAUUUCUCAUCUUCACUUGGAUCAUCAUGCAGGUUUACAACAUGUACUGAAGAAAUGCUACGAGGCAAGGAAAGCCCAUGGCAUGUUGACGCAACCUUUAUAUUUGAUGGCUUGCAGGAAGUUGCCAGCUUUCUAUCUUCAAUCUGUGCCAGAAUUUUACAACCUAAAGGAGUAUUACACAUUCAUAGACUAUUUCAAUCCUGAAACAUUCAGCCCAGUACUGGAAGCUCUGGGAUUAAAAUUUCUAAGCUGUGAUGAUGUCAUCCAUUGUCCAUAUUCCUGCGGUAUUGUCAUCAAGCAUGAAAAAGGAUGGAGCCUUGCCUACACUGGAGAUGUUUAUGAACUAACAGAGGCCUUUAUCAAAAGUGCUAAGAAGUGUGAUCUUUUGAUUCAUGAAGCAUCAUAUGAGGAUCAGAUGUCAAGGAAAAGGAACAUCAAUAAGCACAGCUGCCAAAGUAAUGCUAUACUGAAUGGUCAGAAAAUAGAGGCCGAGUUCACAGUGCUAUCACACCUGUGUCGCAGCAGUGGAGGAAUUUCAACUGAGAUACUACCUAGAAAAUCCAAAUUCUUCACUGACAAAAAUUUCUUUGCCCAUGACUUUACAAAGAUAAAUUUAACUCAUCGUCCCAUUUUACAUUUGUAUAAUGACUUGAUUUAUGAUAUCUUUGGAGAAAAGGAAUUGAUUGAAAAGGAAAAAGUUCUUGAAAAGUACAACACAAGGAGAAAAAAUUUCAUGUUUGAUUACGGAGUUUAAUUCAGAAAAUUUCUACUGUACCUAUGACAAUGAAAUUGUAGACAUGCUGAUGUAAGCAACAAGUGUUUUUAUUUACAUUGUAUGCUAUCAUCUUACGUGUAUUUGCUGAUAUUUUGUCUCGAGAUAAUUACAGAGGAACCAAAAAACUUAAAAUUUGAGAAGGGACCAGUAAACAUGUAGAGGGUGUCGUAUGAAAUUUUAUAAACAUUGUCAUCAGAUGAAUAUUCUUGGAGCCUGGUUCAUACAGGUCGGAGAAUGCAAUGUCUGUUGGAAACAGCAGGAUCGGAUGUGCCAGUAGUUCAUUGUACGUCACAUCUGUUAAUUGUGUUACUAUAUUUAUGCUUCAAUAAAACUGCUACAACACUA